AUGUCUCUCUCUCCCUGCCGGGCCCAGAGGGGCUUCAGUGCUUGCUCAGCCUGUUCUGCUCGCUCGGGGGGCCGAGGCAGGGUCAACUUCAGCAGCAGGAGCCUCAGUUCCUUUGGGGGGUGCCAAGGAGGCUCUUGUGGGAGGGCCUGGGGUUCAAGGGGAAGGCUAGGGGUGAGGUAUGGGGAGGGGGUCGGUGGGCCUGGGCUUUCCCCGUGCCCUCCGGGAGGCAUCCAGGAAGUGGCCAUCAACCAGAAUCUGCUGACCCCACUGAAGAUUGGGAUCGACCCCCAGUUCCAGGUGGUUCAGACUCAGCAGACCCAACAGAUUAGAACCCUCAACAACCAGUUUGCUUCUUUCAUUGACAAGGUGCGGUUCCUGGAGCAGCAGAACAAGGUCCUGGAGACCAAGUGGGACUUGCUGCAGCAGCAGGAGUUGAGUGACAGUCCCCAGGCCCUGCAGUCUUUCUUCGAGGCCUGUCUGUUCCAGCUCAGGAAGCAGCUGGAGCAGCUGCAGGGAGAACGGGUGUCUCUGGACGCCGAGCUGAAGUCCUGCCAGUACCAGCAGGAGGAGUAUAAAGCCAAGUAUGAACGGGAGGCCCACAGGUGCGCCACACUGGAGAAAGACUUCGUGGUCCUCAAAAAGGAUGUGGACGGAGUUCUCUCGAGCAAGAUGGAGUUGGAAGGCAAGGUGGAGGCUCUGAAAGAGUACAUCUGCUUCUUGAGGCGUCUGUAUGAAGAAGAGCUGGGCCAGCUGCAGACCCAGGCCAGCGACAUGUCUGUGGUGUUGUCCAUGGAAAACAACCGCCACCUGGACUUCAGAGACCUCAUCACCGAGGUCUGUGCCCGGUACGAGGAGAUCGCUGGGACCAGCAAAGCCGAGGCUGAGAUGCUGUACCAGACCAAGUACCGGGAGCUUCAGGUGUCUGCCCAGCUUCAUGGGGACCGAAUGAAGGGGACCAAAGUCCAGAUCAUUCAGCUGCAGCAGGCAAUUCAGAAGCUGCAGAGUCAGACUGAGAACCUCAAAAAGCAGAAUGCCAAACUGCAGGCUGCCAUCGCCCAUGCAGAGCAGCGUGGGGAGCUGGCCGUCAAGGAUGCUCAGACCAAGCUGGCCGAGCUGGAGGCCGCUCUGAGAACCGCCAAGCAGGACGUGGCGCGGCUGUUGCGCGAGUACCAGGAGCUGAUGAGCUCGAAGCUCUCCUUGGAUGUGGAGAUCGCCACCUACCGCAGGCUGCUGGAGGGCGAGGAGAGCAGGACGUCUGGGGAGUACACCGGUCAAGUCACUAUCUCUGUUGGGCAAGGCAGCACCAUCGUGUCUGGAGGAGCAGAUGGUGGCCUGGUGGGCCCUUGUGGACUCGGAGGCGGGAAUGGCAGCUUUGGGUCCAGCCGCUCCAGCAUCGUGACCGGUGACUCCAACGUCAUCCUGGGCUCUGGGCAGGGCCCUGUCUUGGGCUCUUGCUCUGUGUCCGGCUCUGCCUCCAGCUCCACCUGCUACACCAUCCUGAAGAAGACGGUCGAGUCAAGUCUGAAGACGUCCAUCACAUACUGA